AUGGGAGCUUCAGGGCCCCAUACUACCAGUCGGCCGACUACCAGACUAGGUACCCCGGCGUACCUGAGGCCUGUUGCGGCGCCGCUUCCCGUCACGAUCAAUUCACAUAACGCGUUAUAUCCGAAAUGGUAUGGUGUACGAAAAAUGGCAACCAACGGGUACCGAUCGGAUGUGACAAAGCCCAUUGGUUUCUCAGACUCCGUCGUUCUUAAACCCGAGGCUACGACUGCAGUGACUUCAAAAAAACGGAAAUCCGCCAGGAAACAGCGGCGGCGAUCUCGAAAGGUCACGGUGGCGGAUGGCUUAGAUCACGAGUCCCCUUCGCCCGUCGAUGACCAUCAUUCGCUUCGAGAUAUUACACCUACAUCACUUUAUCUUGCUUCUUCUAGUCCUUCUGCUGAAAAUCAUUUGCUUCAAGAUAUUACACCUCCACCGCCUUCUCUUGCUUCUCAUAGUCCUUCUGAUGAAGAUCAUUCGCUUCAAGAUAUUACAUCAACGCCGGUUUCUCUUGCUUCUCGUAGUCCUUCUGCUGAUAAUCAUUCCCUUCGAGAUAUAACUACACCCCUUUCUCUUAUACCUCAUAGUCCUCCUGCUGAAGAAUAUAACGCGCACUCUUAUCACACUCUUAUGACGCACAUAUCUAAUCCUCCUUCUAUUUCUGAAUCUCGUCCUUCUUCUCCUUCUCGUCUUCCUUCAACUCCUCCAACGGAUCAAACUAUUCACACUAAUAUGUCUCUCCAACGUCGUCGGGCUGGCGAAGAAGACUACCCACUUCAAUAUCUCAAGAAUUCGUCGAUUGUUCCUCCACCACCUCCACCACCACCUCCACCACCACCUCCAGCUGAUGAAGAAGAUUUCCCGCCCCGAGGUUUCACGCCUACGAACAUUUAUUUUCAAACACAACUACCUCCACCGCCGGCCGAUGAAGAAGAUAACGCGAGCAUAAAUAUCAAACUGCCGUCGCCUCGUGCGUCCGGAGACAGUCCACUUCACCCGGUAGAACUGCUUAAACGGACGGCAAAGCGGUUUAAACUCGAGUGUGAACGUCGACGCAAAACAACAGUGAUUCAGAACGAAAAGGCCCAGGCCCGAAAUAUCGCCGAACAGGCUAAACACGUUGUUAUGGCGGCCAAACGUGGUUGGUCGUACGACGGAGACCAUCCCAAAGGAGUUACGUGGACGGACGACGAAGAGCCAUCCGCUAUCAUCCGGUUACCUGAGUACGCGGAACUUGAACGACUUGGCUUAGGCAAAUACGACAGCGAUGGCUGUUGGGUUCCCAGCUCGACUAGGCUCAAGAAAAGGUUUCUCAGUUUACGGUAA